AUGGAGCAAAAAAUUAAGGUACUGUUACUUAUUAAAAUUGCUUCAAUUGUCCUUUUAACUUGGAUAUGUCAUUUUCAUGUAAAUAAGUAUAGUGAGUUUAAUAGAUAUUUAGAUGAAAACUACAAAUGUCAAAUAAUGUUACUUCAAGGAACUUAUCGUUUACUGGCGAAAUAUGAACAGAAUAAGGAUUCAUGUACUGUAAAAUUAAGAAUAGACUUAUCAAAUGAUGAAAUGAGCAAAAAAAAAUAUAUAUUUAAUAAUGAAAAAAAAAACUCAGAAAAAAUAAAACAAGCAAAUGGAAGUUCAUUAUAUAAUGCAAGUGAUAGCCAACAAGAUAUGAAAAAUAAAUCCUGUAUAUAUGAAACAAAAAGGUAUUCUUAUUUAGAAAAAAAAAUAUUCAAGGAACUUGAUUUUUUGGAUUAUCUUAAAAAAAACAAGACAAUUAGCAAUAAGGUUUACAGAAAAAUAAUGAGUAAAAAAUGCGGAUUACGAAUUGCUUUGCCUUUAAUAUUUUUCUUGUUGUUAUCUAUCGUACCAAUAUUAGAUUGUUCAUUGAGUACGGAAAAUAGUGCGUGGUUUUUUGAUUUAUUAGGGUUGGAUAAAUUGACUGAAUUGAAGUCUGCACUUAGUUCUUUGUAUACCUAUUUAGAAUGGACAAAGAAAACUAAAACUACGAUUAAUGUGAAUCAAUAUGGAGAUUUUGUAUUAAUGAAAUUAUUUGACUUUAUAUUAUAUGUCAUACCCUUCUUUAUAUUAGGUUUCAUAUUCAUAUUAAUUAUCCUUUACUACCAUAAGAAAGUUAAAAAAUAUGAAAAAGUAAAAUUCAGGAAACGGUAA